AAUAGACAAAUCUGGAAUACCUUUGGACAUACACUGGGAUUUUUGUACCUCCUCCAGCACAUUGGGAUCCUAGACAAGGUGCUAGAAAAAAAAUCAGUAUUUACUUAGGACCAGGAUCGUUCAAGAUGACUAUCUGAGUUAGGAGCUGAGAGAGAGGAACUUGCCCAAAGUCUAUUGUUCACCUGCUUCAUCUGAUUCUGCAGGAGUCUCAUGGCCAUGAUCAGUAGUAAUUGCAUAUAGAAGGUGCCGUUUCGGUGCUUUGGUUUCAGAGCUUUUAGUCCUUCCGUCUUCAGUAGGUUUCAGCCCCGCAUGACACGCUGCCUCUAUCAACUCCUUUGAAGAUCGGGUAAGCUAAGUCAUUCCCGGUGGCCCCAGGGGGGAAAAUGCAAGAAUCGAAGCAUUACCAAGCACUCUUGUCAGUGGGUGAGAGUCUGCAUUGGCAGUACAGCCCAAAUCGUGCAAAGUCCGUUUUCCAAGGUUGCACUCUUUGUAGGAACCCUAUGUUGGUUGGGGGGUGGGGACCACACCCGGUGACAAGUUUGAUAGAACCAAGCGGCUAAGUUGCUGAGCUGGUUUUAAUUGAAGUGUGAGAGGGAGGUUUUUAGGCAGGUAGACAACAUCCUGUUGUUCCGGUGCUUCUCUUUCUUUUUGCACAUUUAGCUGAACUGGGAGUCAGGUGGCUGACUUGUGCCUGGCUGCAGCAGCUGCAUCUCCCAAGUACCAUCUGCAAACCUCGGCCUGCCCCAGAGUCUCCUAGGCAAUGGAUGCGGUGGCUGUGUAUCAUGGCAAAAUCAGCAGGGAAACCGGGGAGAAGCUCCUGCUCGCCACCGGGCUGGACGGCAGCUAUUUGCUGAGGGACAGUGAGAGUGUCCCGGGCGUGUAUUGCCUUUGUGUGCUGUAUCAAGGUUACAUUUAUACAUAUCGCGUGUCCCAGACAGAAACAGGUUCUUGGAGUGCUGAGACAGCACCUGGGGUACAUAAACGAUUUUUCCGGAAAAUAAAAAAUCUCAUUUCAGCAUUUCAGAAGCCAGAUCAAGGCAUUGUAAUACCUCUGCAAUAUCCAGUUGAGAAGUCCUCAGCCCGAAGUACACAAGGGAGAAGAGAAGAUCCUGAUGUAUGCCUGAAAGCACCAUGAAGAAAAAGAAAACACCUUGUACUUUAUUCAGUAAUUUAAAUAUAUGCUAAGUCUUAUAUAUUGUAGAUAAUACAGUUCAGUGAGCUACAAAUGCAUUUCUAAAACCAUCAUAGUCCUCUAAUGGAAGCAUCUAGCCUGAUGUUCAAGCUGAGAUGGGCUUUGUAGAUAAUGAAGAGCUUUGAAAUGGGGAUUGGAAAAAAAAUAAUUCCCUAGGUUAUCUUCAGUUAUUGUAUUUACAAAUGGGAAACAAUUUAAAGCACAAUGAAUACUUUAUAAGAGAUUGAUAUCAAUUCUUGCCAAAUACAAAUAAAAAUAAUACUCAGUUUUUGUCAAAAGCACCAUUUUUAGUGAAAUAUUAUUUGAGAGUUACCGAUUUGAAAUUGUUUCGCUUUGACUGUAUGGAGGGAUGUUGGUUAGUAGCCUUCAUCUUUGGCAUAUGCAGUUCUCCAUUAGCUAUGGUGUCAUAGGCUCUUUUGGGAUUCAUGAAGCUGUGUACUGUUUGCUAAAGUAAGGACUAGAGAAAUAGCAAAGCGUUUCUGUUUAAUUCUGAAAGCCACCUUCUUGCCUAGUGUUCUGAUGUAGUACAGUAAUCAUCUACAUACUAAUGUGGAGUUGAAAAUCCCACAAUUAAAAAUAUGCUCUAAAUAUUGACUAUAUUUGAUGCUCCGGGAUUUAAACUUACAAAUCCGGUGAAGUGUACUUUUCAUCUUUUAGUUUGCCUCUGUGCAGGUUGUUUCCACUACACGUGAAACCUGAUUUAAAGGGCAACCUCAGCAGCUGCAGGUCUUCCAGUAAGUCAUGCGGAAGCACCUCCCUCUUAGGUAUCCCUAGAAGCCCAUUGGAAAGCUUACGGUUACAUUAACUUUUAACAAUUCCAAGUGAUUGAAAGCUAAGUGAGAGUCUGAAUUUUAUGCAGUAUUUUCUUUUCACAUUUGUAUUUGCAUGACUUGAGUGAUUGAUUUUAUGUUGGGUUGCUUCAGGGCUCAUUGAAUUGCUUCAGCCAACAAACAUAAGAGGGCACGGGGCGGUGGGUAGAGAAAUAAAAACACUUGAUCCCUGUCCUUGGAUAGCUCACUGUCUAGUUGCACAAGAAAACAACAAUAAAGGUGGAUAAAUACAUGAUAAGUGAGAUUCCCCAUGUGUAGGUAGGUCUGCCUUUAGAGGCAGAAUGAAGUAACAAAUACUGUGGUUUCUGGUCUACUGGAAAAGGCUGAGCUUUAUUGUGAACUAAUCAAUUGGGGUUCCAGGUUGUACAUGCGUGUUGGUGGGCUUGGUUAAUAAUUAAUGGACUGCUGAGAGACAGUACUACUCCCCAUGUGCUGUCAAGGUCCGAUUUGUGAACACUGAACAUCGACGCUGUGGGAGUGCACAAGGUGGAGUACAGUCACGAUAAGGUAUAGGGCAUGGUUUGCUAUUUCUUGAAUUAAGAGCAUCACUUUAAAUUGUAAAGGAUUCCAGAAAGCCUACUUUCUAGACAAAAAUGCAUGUGUUUCUUAUUUUUUAAUUAUUUGAAGCUUGAGUUUAAGUUAUAAAAUGUGUAGCUAAUUUUUACUCUUGAAUGUGCUCAUUCUGGAUUAAUCCUAAACACAUGAAUCAUGUUUGCAUGUGCUUUUAUGAGAGCUUUUUUUUUUUUUUGAAAACAGCUAUCUUGAAUCAUUUAUGGUCUUCCACAUUUUAAUAAAGUGUUUGAAAGCUUCAUUUACCUAAUUUGUCUUAAAAUACUCCUUUUGAAAAUAUGCAGAGCAGAGGCUAUUAAUAAAGGAAAUAAAGCACUGAUGAAGGCCAUCUUACUUAUCUUAUUGAACAGCUUCCCUGGAAAGGUAAGUGCUUCUCUGAUUGUGCUAUUGUCAGAUUUGCCAGCUGAUGAGCCCACCCCCUGUCUUCUUCGGCUGGCCUUUUAUUCAUCAACUUUUUUUCCCUCACUUUUUCUUUCCCAACAUGCACAACUUGCUGUUUCCCAGUACAUAAUAGCUUGCACCUUUAUAGAGAGGUCAUAUCCUUGCCAUAUCUAAAACAUUGCCAUGCUAACCUAUACCUGUAAGAUGCUGAGUCAAGAUAGAAAAAUGCACAUAUAUUUCCAAGCCUACACCUCUCUUUGGAGAAAAAAAGUGUGUCAGCAGGCCCACCAGGAGCAUGACAGCUUAUCAAAUACUUGUUCAUUUCCUCUGAAAUUUGCUCUCACGAGAUAAGGUGAGUGAGGACAAGCUUAGGUAAUUGUCUGUUUGGCUGUUACAGACAGGGAACCUUUGUUCAUAGGUAGAAUGGUGCAUAUGUAGAAUAAGUCUACAGAGAAUGCCUUUGAUUAAGUCCUCCGGUGUAAAUAAAAGGCUGAAUUUAAGAUAUUCUUUGGUAGAAUAGAUGGAAAAUUAAAAUGUGAGAACUAGCUAUAAAAUCUGUUAAGAAUGUUAUAACAUCGGCGUAUAUUUUAUUUGAUUCACUUUAUUGAGUUCAGAAUCCAAAGUCUAUUAACAAUAAAAUACAGAUUUGCCCUUAAGCACGUCAAGGUUAUAAGAUGCCUAGUCUUCUUGUUAGGAUGCUAUAAAUUCAACUUUACCACCUAUGUUUGCCCUUGUAGUAAAUGGGUUACCAUCACCUUGCACUGUGUGGCUAGAAGUGAAGUGAAACUACUCACUGUGAACACUUUCAUAAUUUGGAGUCUUGGCCAAACUUGUAGUAAAAGGCUGAAUUCUUACCAAUAGGUUUAUAAAUGAAGACUUUUUUUUAACGUAGUAAGAUGUAACAAGCCUGAUGAACAGGAUAAAGCUUAUCAACCUAACAUAUAUGUCUUGAUUGCAUAUAUACAUACACAUGCAAACACACAGAAAUUGAACUGUUCUCUCACAAGACAGCAAAAGGCAAUAGCAUAUUCAAUACUGGACAGAGAGCGUAAAAGCAGGAAUGCAUGAGACCUGAAUUCUCUUUCCAGCUUUGUCAUAGAUUAUCUAUGUGACCUUAAGUAUGUCAGGCUCUGAGGAAUAUGCCAGCCAAAUAGGAAUAAUGUAUCCUCACAGAUUAUUAAAGAACUGCAAUUAUAAAACUUUAAAGUAGUAACAUUGAUAAAUGUUUAAUAGCAUUGAUAUUCAAAGAUUUUUAAAAGGGAAAGUGAAUAGAGAAGAAAUGCGGAAAAAUCUCUCAUUUCCUGUAAUGAUUCUGUCAGUGUAGGACCUCUUGUCUUUUUUUAAAAAUACUGAGGGUGGGGUGAGCUGCACAUUUUGGAGAAGAAAUUCCCAGGUGAUACUAACACCCUAGUCUCCCCCCACACGCCCUGCUGUUUUGGAUGAUGGGUUAUGUUGAGACAAUCAAGGGUGUUGUCAGCUCCAUGACUCUCCUCACUGUACCUGUAUAUCCCUGUAUCACUGAAGAACACAGCAGGAGGGCGCUGUGAAGUGGUAUAAAUUCUAGCAUUCCAAUCAAAUUUCAGCUAGGGGCUCUCGGGAUUACAUGUGUCCCCCUAG